GGUUAUUAUAAUUUUUGACGGUCAAGUGUUACCUAAUCUAGUUUUCAUAUGUAUUAAUUCAUUACCUGAAUUAUAUGUACAUAUACCGUACCAUUCAGUUUUAUCAUUGCUGUAGGUAUGGGCACAUUAAAAAUCAGUGUAGAUUACUUCCACGUUGUUAUAAGUAUGACCAGGGCCACUGUGGAAAAUCCUACUCUGUCCAAGAAGAAUAUUUUUACAGUUGUUUAUAUCAAGGAAUAUAUAAUCAGACGCACCGUUGUCUCCUUUACGCCACUAGUAUCCGAGCGCGCGCCGCCCUGCCGCGCCGGAACCGGCCGCCCGGCGCUGUCAUCGCCGCGAGCCUUAGCAGCAGGGCCUGAGUUGCGCUGCCUGCCGAAGACUGCCGCUGCGCUGAACUCGAUCUCGUUUGCCACGUCACCUCUUCUAUGUUGCCGCUAGGUUGUCAGUUGCAGCUGUAGGUUGAAGGAAUUGGCCUUCAAGAGAUAGUUUACCUUAUCUUUUGAAAGCAAAAUAUGUAACAGUGUAACCCUGUAAUUUUUAAUAAAGAUUUAUUAUUUAUUUAUUUAAUUACAGAAUACAAAAUAUAGUAUGUUAAAUUGAA